AUGCUAGACUUACGAGAGCUCUCGGAGAGUGGAAAACAAAGUCUCAUCCGGAAACCACUUUCUCAGAUUAAAGGGCAAUCCCCACCACGUCUGUAUGGCUGGUUAAAUGACAACGUCAGUCUUUCUACUUUCCUUUUAAAGCUGGAAAAAGUUUUGAAUGCACAGGAGCUUCAAAGUGAAAUAAAAGGAAAUAAAAUCCAUGAUGAGCAUCUUUUUAUCAUAACUCAUCAAGCUUAUGAACUCUGGUUUAAGCAAAUCCUCUGGGAAUUAGAUUCUGUUAGAGAGAUCUUUCAGAAUGGCCAUGUCAGGGAUGAAAGGAAUAUGCUCAAGGUUGUUACUCGGAUGCACAGAGUGGCAGUGAUCCUUAAACUAUUGGUACAACAGUUUUCUGUUCUGGAAACAAUGACAGCCUUGGACUUUAAUGACUUCAGAGAAUAUUUAUCCCCAGCAUCAGGCUUCCAGAGCUUUCAGUUUCGUCUACUAGAAAACAAGAUAGGUGUUCUUCAGAGUAUGAGAGUCCCUUACAACAGAAGACAUUAUCGUGAUAACUUCAAAGAAGAAGAUAAUGAACUUCUACUUAAGUCUGAGCAGGAAAAAUCACUUCUGCAACUAGUGGAGGCAUGGCUGGAAAGAACACCAGGUUUAGAACCACAUGGAUUUAACUUCUGGGGAAAACUUGAAAAAAAUAUUAUCAAAGGCCUGGAAGACGAAUUCACAAGGAUUCAGGCUAGGGAAGAGUCCGAGGAAAAAGAAGAACAAAUGGCUGAAUUUCAGAAACAAAAAGAGGUGUUACUGUCUUUAUUUGAUGAGAAACGUCAUGAACAUCUUCUCAGUAAAGGUGAUAGACGGCUGUCAUACCGAGCACUUCAGGGGGCAUUAAUGAUAUAUUUCUACAGGGAAGAGCCUAGAUUCCAGGUCCCUUUUCAGUUGCUGACUUAUCUUAUGGACAUAGACACACUCAUGACCAAAUGGAGAUAUAACCACGUGUGCAUGGUGCACAGAAUGCUGGGCAGCAAGGCUGGCACUGGUGGGUCCUCAGGCUACCAGUACCUUCGCUCAACCGUGAGUGACAGGUACAAGGUAUUUGUAGAUCUAUUUAACCUUUCGACGUAUCUGGUUCCACGACACUGGAUACCGAAGAUGAACCCAAUCAUUCACAAAUUCCUCUACACAGCUGAAUACUGUGACAGCUCUUACUUCAGUAGUGAUGAAUCAGAUUAAAAUCAUCUGCAAAAUCUAUGAAGCCCACUGAUGUCUCACUAUAUCUUUUCUUAUUUUCUAUGAAUUUUCAUGAGUACACAAAUAGUCCUAACAUAUGUAUAUACAUAGCUCAGCACCACGGUGUUCUGGUUCAAUUCCAAAAAUCAUUUUAUUAUCGCAAGUGUGUGAAAGGAUUAAGCAUUGAGAUAAAAAAUAAUUCAGCUAAACUGUAACAUUGUACAUAGAGCAUUUUUCUAUUAAAAUUCAAUUUCCCUUGAUAUUUCACUGAGUCCCUUAAUGCAAUAAAUUUUCUCGUUUCAAACUUUAUAAGCUUGUAAAUUUCAUUAUUUCAAAUAUUUAUACAAUAAAAUGCAUCAUUCUGUACAAAGGCUUUUAUUCGAUUAAAAUUUUCAUAAAUAAAAAUUACUCUUUUUACCAUGUAUUGUUUUUGAAACAUUGCUUUUAUUUCCUAGAGCUCUUGAAAUGGCAGAAAUCUAUCUGAAGCUUUCCUUAAAAAAAAAACAAAAACCUAUUGCUGUCAAGUCGAUUCCAACUCAUAGCGACCCUACAGGACAGAGUAGACCUGCCCCAUAGGGUUUCCAAGGAGCGUCAGGUGGAUUCCAAUUGCUGACCUUUUAGUUAGCAGCUGAGCUCUUCACCACUGUGCCACCAGAAGCUUGCCUGGAGGUGUUUAUUGAACAAUCACUCCGUUAGCUCAAAGAAUUGAUAGCAGCACUGUCCAACAAGCCUUCGGAGAGAGGAACCUGGAGAGCUUUGAGGCCACAGGGCCUGGGUCCACUUCCUGGAAUACUACGUUCCUGGAACACAGGAUUCUGUUUGUCUUGUCUCUUCUCUGUUGGUGUUCCUUCCUUCUUUCCUAUUACGUAGACCAGCUCCUUCCUCAGCCUCCAGCACCUUUGGGUUCACAGAAGGGCAAUGUGGCUCUUUUCCCCAGCAUCAGUUUUGUGGUUUGGGAGGUAGACAUAUGCACAACAGGAUUGACGUAGGGGUGAGGAGCAGUUCUCUCUUUUCAGAAGAAAGGAGAUGUAGACAGAAUAAGCAAUGAUCUGAUUCAUUUUAAAUAACAAGUAAUAGGCUAAGAGUUUUGAUUAGAAACGAGUUUUAUUUUUCUAUUUCUAGUUUUGCUUUGAUAUUGGCAAACACUUAAGUUUCUAUUAUGCAGAGAGUAUAUAAUAUCAUGAAAGGAAUACUGAAGUGUACAUCAAUCUUACCUAGAGUGAAUGAUUAUCAUAGGGAGCAAUAACUUCUUGAUGAAUUGAACAAUUCUUUGGUCUUUCAAUUGUUUUUUCCUGUAAAGAUCAUAUUGUCUAGCUUGACUCUAAAUUAUAUAUAAUUGUUUUUGCCUACAUGGCUUUUGUGCUUGUGUGUGCGUGUAUGUGUGUGUACAUAGGACCUGAGUGUGGUGAAGCUGAGGAGGUAUAGAGGCAAGCUGCAUGCUGGCUAAAGGCAGACUUUGAAAUCAAUAAGCUUGAGUGCAAAUUCUGGCUCUGCUUUUCAUUAACUACCUACUCUAGUAAAACAACUUACCCCAUUUAAGCCCUGGUUUUCUAUCUAUAUAGUGAGGAUGAUGAUACUUAUAAUCUUUUGGUUUUUCUUAUGCUAUAAUGAGAAAUGUUAGAUGUUCUGUCAACAAAUUGCCUUGCAAUCUUAGAAUAUAUGCUACUCCCUCAUAGUUAUCAUUCUUUUAAUAGACUACAUGAUUUGAUUUAGUUCUUUACAUGUUUAUAUCCAGGUCUGACUAAGCUACUACAAGAGUUUUUUUCAGAAGAUAUAUCAAUAACUUUUAAUUUAAUGUCAAAACGAUAUAUAUGUCAGUUCCCACCAUUGUCCCCAUUCAUACUUGCUUCUAGAUUGAGAAUCCAAUUUAAAAUUCUAAUUCUAAAUGUGUCACGAAAUCACCGUAAGGAAUUUACACAAUAGUUGAAAGAUUAGACUCAAACAUACCAACGAUCAUGAAAAUGACCCAGGACUGAGCGACGUUUCCUUAUACGUAAGGUCACCAUGAGUCGGAGCUUACUCAAAGGCAACUAACAACACUUACCUUGAGAAGCUUGCGAAACAACAUCCAAACAUGUUGAUGAUGAGUCCUAAUUGGUGCGUGAAGACCUCAUUGUUUUCCUCGAAGCCUUCCUACUAUGUGAACUUCAAGCAGUUUGUAAUAGAUCCAAACCGAAACCAAACCUGUUGUCGAGGAGUCAACUCCAAUUCAUGGCAACCCCAUGUGCUACAGAGUAGAAUUCCAUAGGGUUUUGUUGGCUGUAAUCCUUAUAUGAAAGUAGAUCGCCAGGCCUUUCUUCUGCAGGGCUGCUGGGUGGGUUUGAAUGGCCAACAUUUCAGUUAGAAGUCUAGCUCAAACCUUUUGAGGCACCCAGGGACCUGGGUUAUAGAGGGAGCAUGGGAAAUGCCUACGUGGAACAGCAGCAACCGAGAAACAAUUGAGUUGAGAAGGUGGAGAGUGGCUUCUCCAGGAAAGCUCAUAUUAUAAAGAGUUUGCAUAUGGUAGUCAUUGGGAGUCCCUGAAUGGUUUAAAACAGGGAAAUAAUGUGAUAACACUGUCAUUUAGAAAUGUAAAUCCAAUGGAAAUAUGAUAGAUGAAUUAUAACAGCACCCAUCAGAAGCACCUACGGGGCUUGUUAAAAACAGAGUUUCUAACUCAGUAGGUUUGUGGUGGGGCCUGAGAAUUUGCAAUUCAAAUAAGUUCCCAGGUGAAGCUGAUAUUGCUGGUCUGGGGACUGCACUUUGAGAAGCCUGGGUUAGGACACACUGAGUUCAGUGACGAGACUACUGAAUAGUGGAGAGAGGGGCACUAAAGGACAUACAUCUGAGAAGGGGCAGUAGAAAUGGAGAGGAGGUGGAUGAUUUAGUAACAGGUUAUCAAGGUAUACUUGACCUGAUUAAAUAUCUAAGAUUUUACCAAUUUUAUGAAGUGAGUGAUUACAUACUGUUGACGCUGUUAACAACCAAAAUAGAGAAUCGAGGAGCUCUUCCCCCUUCCCCUCCCUUGGCAGGAGCGUGGGAGAAAAUGAUGGGUGAGGCUUUGGAAUGACUGCGGUUCAGGCGUCCAUGGAGAAAACCAAGAUUGGAUCUAUGGAUUUGGAGCUGUGAAUGUAAAGCCCAUGAACACUGGGUUGACAAAAUUUAAGCCACACACUUAUGGACAGAUGCUUCUCAACUCAAGGGUAAGUAGAAUGUUUUAUUAUAAAUGUCAUCAAAAUCUGGAAUAGCUGAGAGGUGUUAAACAUCUUGAAAUUUUAAAAAUUCUUCAGCAUUUCAAAAAGUAUUACAAAAGUAUUCGUAUCAUAGAGAAAGUCAUUCACUGAACACAGAAACUUAAUAGGAAAGCAUUCACAUUUAUCCAUCAGAAAUUAGAACCACCAGGACAUAUUUCUUUUCUGGCAUACCUGGAAAAUUAGAAUGUUUAUUAAUUAAAAUGUCACUAUUUGCCUUCCUGGAUCAUCUCGAAUGCUGAGUUAACACGUAUUAUUUUGAGAUUGCUUCUGGUUGGUAUGAAAAAAAAAAUACAGUAUUUAUCUUUGAUUUUCUUUUUCUACUAAAAGGAAGGCUAAAUAAAGAUCAAAUGUGAGAGGAAAAAAUGGGAUAUCCCUGAAAUUUUUUAGUGGUUAUUAAUAUAUUUAAAGUUUCAUUUCUGUUAAGAUCUUCUACAUUAAAAAGAAGCCAUAAAUGUUAGAGUAGAGAUAUUUAUAUAUGUAUAGUUGAUAUGAUUCUCUUAUAGUAGCUCAUUCAAUAUGGUUGCACUUAUAUUAAAGCAGAUCAGCUCUUCCACUCUGAGAUGAAAUGGCUUGUCUCCUGGUUCCCUAGCAUGAACAGCACCAAGUGUCCCUUUAGGCACAAAGGGUUAUUGAUCACUGCUGAGAAUGCAGGAUAAUCAGCAAUAGCGACUUAGCAGCUGGAACUCACUUAUGUAAUUAACAAGGUAAGAGGUAACACAAGCAUUAAGAGGAACCAGGAGCCAAGUGAAAGCCAAAAAAGUAAUUAGAAUGGAAGACUGGGAAACUGAGCAGAAUUUUAGGUGUCAGAUUUUGGCUGAUACCCCAGGUGAAGGGACUGGAUCUUAAAAGAAGUCGUGCCAAAAGAUGAUGGGAGGGAGAUAAAGGUGAGAUCCUGGUGUUGAUAAAGUAAGCCUUUUAUGGCCCUCUAAAUAAAUGGCUAAAGACAGGAAUGGAAAGUAAACAAUGACACUUAGUUCUUUAGUCAUGAACACCAAGCCACUAAGAAAACUUAGGAAUUAUACAGUAAAGAGUAAGAUAAAGAAGGUGAUAAAAUGUGGAAAAUAUUUUGUUCUUCAAUCUAGGAAGAACACCAAAACCAAAACCCAUUGCCGUUGAGUCGAUUCUGACUCACAGUGACCCUAUAG